AUGUCGAACAUCCAAAACUCGAAGAACGCCUCGAAGAAGGUCUCCUCGAGCCGUGCUCAGCACACUAUUGAUCCGCGUCUCGCGAUCGCGAGACUGUAUCAUUACCAUCGUCUUCAGCGAGAGCAGGCCUUACGUCUGCGCCCCGAGCCUCUCCAGUAUACCCCUAGGAUGGAUUUAUACGACGACGAAGCGCUGCCGAACGUGUCCGCCAUGCUCGAGCUGCCAGGCGUGAGCCGGCACACGCUUUCGCUUCAGGUCCAGGGCGACAAACUCAUCGUCCAAGGCGAACGGGCCUCUCCUUUGGCUUUCAAGCUGCAGGAAGCGGCCGCUGGUCGGCAGACGUCCGUCGCCUCUCAGAAGUUCAAGGUGCGCGAGCUCAAGUUUGGCUCUUUUCGCCGUGAGAUAGACGUACCCGUCGGCAUAGACACCACGCAGAUUACUGCAGAGCUGUGCGAUGGGAUGUUGCUCAUCUCAUGGCCUCGCGCCUCGGGCUUUUCGAUGGGCCGCUCGAAUGCACGCCCCGUCUAGCAUUCUGUCCUGCUACAUAUUCAUCGCUAUACCCUCUCAGUCACGCGCAGCACAUAUCAUUAUUCGUCUCUACAUGCUGUCUGUAAUGUUUGUGGCUGUCCUAGACAUCUCCCUUUCCAUUCUAUGCACUUCUAUCCGGAUUUC